AUGGCCCAGCACGCAGAUGCUGCACGGCGGUGGCUGCAGCACAUGAAGCUGCUGCGUUACCGGGCUCGCUCAUGUUUUCAUUUCAAUCACGUAUUGCUCUCUAAUGUGUCUCCUUCCCAUUACCGCAACUACACGAUCUCAACACUUCCUGGCAGCUCUAGCAGCAAACACGAAAGCUUGGUCACAAGUGUACCCAAUCAACAAGCGUUACAGCGCAUACGAUGGCUCUUGAAACAGCCACAACGUCGUGUAUUGCUGCUAACAGGUAGUUCAGCUUCUGAAUCGUCUGUCCGCGCAGAGCUGGAGCGGGAGUUGCCUGCAUUCGAGCUGGAGCGGCGUGGCCACGGCAUCUUUGGCGUCAGCGAGUUCUGCCAGCUGCUUUUGCGCGAAAGCGGACGCAACCGUCGAGUCUUUGGUCGUGCGCAGUUGAUGGCGCUAAUAUUGCAUAAUGAUCUGGUGCUGCAGCCUGGUCCGUCUCGACUGGAUGCCGCGUCGACGCUCCAGAGACGCAAAGGCGCACAAGAUUUGCUGCACCUCUUUCAGCUGCUGGAAAAGCAAGGAGUUUUGGCGGAUCAGUACUUGGCGUUAGCAGCUACAGCUGAAGACGGCGAUCAAGUGCUUGCUCAGAAGCUGGCUGAGACGUACCGGAAGUAUCACGAACUUCUUUUGCAGCACGGUGCCACAUCCUGGGAAGGACUCGUGUUGGAAAUGAUGACAAUGUGUGGUGUGAAUAAAGGAGACACUGUAGUGGAAAAUGCUCUGGCGAAAGAGUUUGCUCGGACGGUGCUGCAAGAUUAUACGGACGUGGUGGCGGACGAUGUGCAGAGGAUGACACCGGCCAUGGCGAUGCUUGUGGGGCAUCUGUGUGGUCAACCAAGUGUUCAGUAUAGUGCCAGCUUCAGCCGGGUACUGCUCGAAGAAGAAGACUGCUCGCGAAUGCAGAUUUUAGAACGGCAGUUGGUGCUUGCGGCAGCAGAUACAGGUCGCGAACGUACUCUGAAACGUACCGAGUUAGACGCCAACCGCGAGAUUUCGGAGAAGAGUGCACAGAUGCGGGCGUUUGCACGGCAGCUUUUGACGAAACGUGCUGGCGUUAGUUGCGACGUGCAAUCGCCAGUUCCGUUUGAGUGCUGGCGCUUUAGUACUGCUGAAACGGAGGUGAGGACUGUCAGCGCAUAUCUCGCACGAAAAACGGAGUCCAUGAAUGCCACGGUGCUAUGUCCCACGCAUGCAGAUGCACGUCGAAUCGUGUUGGCAUUUCAGAAGCAAGGGCUGUUAGCUCGAAUUGAUGGCGAAUCGAGUUCAGUACCAAGUAGCUCAACUGGUACGCCCGUCCAUCUUUUCGACGAGCCCGGUGUGAACGCGGUGUAUUCGUUACUUUGUGCGUUGUGCUUCCCGAGCGACUCGCGUUAUCUUUACAACGUUUUGCGCUCCAACUUCUUUGCUUUCCCGGCUGAGCUUCUUUCGUGGUUGAUGCAGCAAGAGCACCAGAGCCAUACUGAUUUGUUUUCAGUCCUCGAAGCUUUCGUAGAAUCUCACGGCAAGUCGCUCGGCACAUCUCCUGAAGGGCAAGAGAAGGAGCUGCCUAAAGCAGUGUCUUGUCAGCGCAAGAUCAGCUUGGAGAUUGCUGAGUCAUUUGUAAACAUCAUCGUGCAUCUUCGUACAAAGUGCCACCAACUAUCUGCGGCUGAGGUCGUCCAGAGUUUCUUGGAAGCUACAGGACGACUGGAGGUGCUACUGAGUCCUAGCUCUUGGGAAGAGGAGCGUGAGUCGUUGGUUCUGGCUGAUUUCUUACGAGAACUCGAGACUGCGCAAAAGGUUACGAUGAGUGAUCAGAUACCGUUUGUGGUGCCAUACUUACAGCAACUACGGAAGGCCAACCUAACUUCAUCCGCUUCAUGGACAGGUUCACCAGACGUCAAUGUGGAUGCUCGUAUUCGUGUAAUCCCACUGACAGCAUACGCGCUACAAUCUUGUGCUUCUUCGCAACCUGAUGGUGAGGAAGGCCGCAAGCAUGUGCUGGUGCUGAUGUCAAUGCGCGACAGCAAGUUCCCCGGGCGGAUGAAACGACUCACGUUGCCACUCCCGUAUGGUCUGUUAAGUGAACCGUUUCCGGUGCAAACGCGUGUCGAGCAUCUGGAACAGUGCAAACAGCUCGCUUACGAAGCCCUGACCCUUCGCACUUAUGACGAGGUGGUGCUGUCUUUUACUGAGCUAUCCGAUACCGCUGUAUCCAAGCGCGAGGUAGUAAGCCGCACUUUUCAACCGAUCUGGCACGAAGGGAACCGACCAGCUCCAGUGAUCGACAGAACCAGCGAUAGCAAUGGAAGUGCUAGUGUAAGCGGUGCUGCAUCGCCAUCGGACGGCACUUCAGUGGAAGCUUUGGCAGCAAGCAAGUCCGUUGCUACAGCCAACGCAACUCCUCAACAACCCAAGACGUCUAGCGAUUGGAUUUCAGACGUGGCGGGGCUCUUGCGCGACUUUGUAGCUCGUUUGUUCUUUCCGAACACACCUCCUGGGUUGCUACAGUCUGCUGUGGACAAAUUUACACGAAGGAAGAGUGGCGAUGAUGACCUCGAUAGGUGUCACCCUGACCAAGAUGAACCGUUCGUGAUACAGUCAACGACGUCAAGGUCGGAUCUGGACUGUGAGAGGCCUGCGCGUAGUCUAAGCACGGACACUCGUCUCUCGUCGGAGUUAGCACCGAGCAAAUCAUACGACCCACCGCACUUAUCGUAUUCUCAAAUCUCGGAAUACAUGCGUUGCCCGCAUCGGUACUAUCUGAGCCGCGUCGUCAAGCUGAAUGGGGACGUAACGACUCCGAUGAUGUUCGGGCGCGCGCUACAUGAAGGCAUAGCUGCUUUCGCCAAAGCGCUAGCUGUUGCGCAGCUGAAUGGCAAGGAUCCGCACGAAGUGAAGACGCUUGCUGCACUUGAAGCUGAAGAGGCUUUUACGCAAUCCUGGCCAGGUGAUGGGCAUGGUCUCUUCAGCUCCAAAGAGCAGUCUUCUUUCCUUUUCGACCGAGGCGUGAUGGCAUUACGGGACUUCAUUGAAAUGCACCACAGCGACACGCAGUUGGAGGAGAUCCUCUACGUGGAGCGGGCGUUUUCUUUCUACGUCCCCGAAGCCAACGUGGAACUGCGAGGUGUCUGGGACCGCAUCGACCGUGUUUCCAGCCCAAAUGACGACGAAUCGUCGUUGCACGUCGUCAAGGAGUUCAAGUCCAACAUGAGCGGCACCCGACGCAAUAUGAGCAAACUAGCGGACGAGAGCUUACAGCUCAAGAUGUACAUGUACGCUUUCCACAAGGUUUUUGGUGAGGCACCGUAUGGAGCCAAACUGGAACAGAUCGGCGGUACCUACAGCCAGCAGCCGAAUAGCAUUGUUUCCAAGAGCAGAAAAGAAGAGAAUGGCAGAGCAGGAGCACACAAUAACGGCUUUGUGCUCUUCUCGAAAGAAGCAGCACAGGAAGCCAAAGAUGCUGUUGUUGAGGUUGCGUCGGGCCUGCGUCGCGGAGAGUUCACACCCAAGCCAAGCUACGCCGAGUGCGCAUUCUGUCCCUAUGCAGAGUCUGCCUGCCAUUUCGCCACUGAUGAUGCGUCACACGAACGUCAAUCUGCAAGAAGAACUCGGUUGGAAGUUGAAGGAUGA